CCUGGAGGCGAGAGGGUGGUGGUGGUGUAUGUGUGGGUGUGCACGCGCGCCUGGAGCGCUCUUCUCUAUACUUUCUCUCGCAUGAAAACAAGGAAGAAAAAUAUAGUCCACGUCUGUGAACAAACUUUGGGUCUCCUACCGUGCAUGUAAAUUCGCCUCGUGAGCCUGAUGUCAAAAAGAGUACACAGAUUCAAUUCUUACUGUAUCUCCGCGUUAAUAAUAUUUUCUUUUUGACGAGUACAAUGAUCUAGAUAACUUGUAACAGACAUGAAGCUGCUAUUUGACGAGUAAGUCUUUAAUACGAGAAGACAAUUAACUCAUGAUGGAACCCAGGAUGAUCUCAGUGUCUGUUUAGUCAACAAACACGCAUUGAAAAAUGGGUACGAGUGUGAUUAGGCGACCAGAGGAGGAAAAUACACUUACUGUCAUCCCCCUUGUUUCCGGGACUAGGAAUGAGGCAAGAGCCUCAUAUUAUCCACAUAUAUCUACCGUUAGGUAAGUAUGGACGUCGGAAAUUAAGUACAGCCAGAGCACAACAAUACCAAGAAACAAUUAGCAAGAGGACUGGAAAAACUCUCAUGUAACCAAAGAGUCUUCAAAAGUAACCUGCAAUAUCAUGCAAAAUCUCAUCAAAUCUGGGAACGAACAGUGAGACCAAAAAAUGGAGAGCAAGCUGCCAUAACACGAGAAAACACGGUAACAAAUUUCGAGUAAGCAUCAGAACAAGUAAGAAAGUGUGGAAGAUGAAGAAGUGUUUAGAGCUUGCAGUAGUAAAAAGUUGCAGAAAAUGCAGCUGAGAGCAUUAAUUGAGAAUGCAAGAGCUGCUACUUUCAUUUGCUGCUGCUAUUACUAUCCCUGCUGUUGCUGUUACCAAUACUGCUUCUCCUGCAAAUACAACUAACUCUAAUACAACUACUGAUGCUCCUAUAGCAUUUGUGCAGCUACAGCUUGGAGAAAAAAAGUGCCAGUCCAAGCAGGGUAAAUAUCACGAAAAAAAAUUGUGUGGUAUGGAUUUUGAGUUUACAAUGUACCAGGCAGGAAGGCCUCGGAACCACGAAUUUAGUACCUGACUCUAGUGAGAUGUGAGUCAGACUGAACUAAGUAAACUAAGGGAGGCAGAAAGGGUCAGAGCAGUUUUCAUUCCGAUUUUAUCUUAUAUUGCAAGUGGAAUAUUUAUGUGUUUUUCCAGUCAUAUCAUUAAUUAAAAAUAUAAACAAAAACAAAUAAUUGAGAAUCCUCUAAUGAAUAAAACUUAAACUUAAGUGCUGAGAAAUUAAACUUUUUUUACAGAAUAUUACUGAAAAAAUAAGCAAAGAAUUAUUGAGAAAACAUGUUACUUACUGCCUGUAAAAUACAUUUAUUCAUUCUAAGAGUUUUACUGAAUAGAUAUAAAAACAUAUGCAGAUUUAGAUCAGGUUUAGAAAGUGUUAUGUUAUGAAAAUUAUCAAGGGAAUGCUUACAAAGAAAAAUCAGUACAAUAUGUGGCUUAACUGUCAAAAAAAGUUCGCAAAUUAUGCAGAAAGAAACCUAUUAACAGCUGCCCUAAGUGCGUCACCAGUAGCAAUUUCAUUCAUAAAUAUAUAAAAAAGUUUCGUAGCGGGAGCAUACAAUGAUUUAACAGCAUAUGACAAAUGAAGUCACUAUAUUAACAACGUAGGUAGUGAUGUAUCAUUUAAGUAUAUCAAGGCAAACCAUAGCCAAAAAAGUGGUUUUGAUUCAAAUGACUUAAAAAAUGAGUGAAUGGAAACUUUUGAGAGGCAAGGUCCUUAAAGACUGCUAAUAUUUUUUUUUAGUAAGAAGAAAAUCAGUGUGAAGGAUUUACCAGUUCAUCUCAGUGACUGCUUAUCCCGUUGCCAAGUAAAUGCCAGUGAGAUGCAGAUUCAGUGAAUAAUAUUGAAAAUUAAUGACACUAGUCAGUGAAUAAAAGCAAAUGUAUUCCAGUGAACUGUAGCUUUACCUUUCUGACACCAGGGAAGGAAAAAUCAGUCCCGGUGGAAGAUAACUGCCCAAACGCCACAAAAUACAAAACUCAGAAGUGACGACAAAGACACUAACGAACAAGUAAAAGCAGAUGGACAACAACCUCGUCGAAGUGUUAAAGGGAGACUAAAUCGUGUCCCCCUUUCCUUGGAGGAGAGUCGAACACCCUGAGGAAGGUGCUACAAGCAGACCUACUGAGGGAAGCUUCUCGUCAUGGCAUCUACCACCGACCUCGCAUUCUGCUGCGCCCUGGUGCUCCUCUCCCUGGCCAGGGAGUGCUUCUGCUCGGAUGUAGGCGUGAGCCUGGGAUGGAACUGGGAGAUGUGGUGGACGUACGAUGGUAUCUCAGGUCCGGAGUUCUGGGGUGUGAUUAACCCAGCGUGGGUCAUGUGCUCAGAAGGUCGACGUCAAUCACCCAUCAACCUGGACCCACGCACCUUGCUUCAUGACCCUAACCUCACUCCCAUCUCUCUCGACAAGACUCAGGUACAGGGGAUGCUGGUCAACACAGGUCACAGUCUAGAGUGGAGAGUGAAGAGCUCAGCAGGACCCCCGGUCAACCUGUCAGGUGGGCCGCUCUCCUACACCUACGCUGUCAGUCAUCUCAGACUCCACUUCGGAGAGAGGGAUCUGCAAGGCUCCGAGCAUACCAUAGCAAACUACGCCUUCCCCGCAGAGCUGCAAAUCUACGGCUAUAAUGCACAGCUGUAUCGCAACUUCAGCCAGGCGGCGAGCCAGGUGUACGGAGUGGUGGCCGUGGCUGUCCUUAUCCAGCUGGGAGAUCGUACUUCCCCUGCUCUGGCAACGAUGCUUGAGGGUCUCCCGAGCGUCAAGUUUGGUGGAUCAUCGUCACCAGUACACGAGCUGAGCAUCAGGGAGUUGAUGCCUUCCACUGAGCAGUACUUGACCUACGACGGCUCCCUCACCGUCCCUGCCUGCUAUGAGACCGUCACAUGGAUUCUCCCUAAUAAGCCCCUCUAUAUUGCCUUUAGCCAGAUGCGAAGUCUUAGGCGCCUCAAGCAAGGGUCUUCAGACUUCCGCAGAAACGCUCCCGUAGCCAACAACUUCCGACCUCUGCAGUCAGCGCAUCAUCGCACCGUCCGUACUAAUAUUGACUUCUCCUCUGAUAGCCAGGGAAAAAAGUGUUCAGUGUCAGAGCCGAAAUUCCACUAUCGAGCGAACGACUGGCUUCAUUCCUGACCAGGAUUCUGGCAGAAUAAGUGUACAUACCCCACCAGCAGCCUAGUGGAUGUUUGUUUAUAAUGUAAAUAGCUUUUCAGCAUUUGGUAUAUAUUUUGUUAGCAUGAAGAUGCUCAGCUCAUCCAUACGACGUUCAGCUCAUCCGUACGACGUGGGUACAUGGAUGUAUUCCAACGGCAAUAAUGCAAUACUCAACAUACAGCUGGGCAUAUUAAGUUUCACGGAACAACCAAGCAAUAUUAAUGGCAAUAGUGAAUCUAAUAAAGGAUAGUUCGCAAGAAAUAAUGAACAGUUUCUGGUGUUCAUCAAUAAAAGAUAAUGAACUUCAAUCACA